GACCCAAAGGCCGCCGUAUAGUUUGUCGCCUCCGUAAUCCGUCCACAAAAGCAAGAUCGGGCCAGAAUCCAGAAUCAACCACUCUUCUUCCCGGACGCUGUGUCCCAUUCUAUCCCUCUCCCCUUCACGGGAAGCUACUGCAAAGAAACGUAGCGCAAGAAAAGCAUAGCAUUCUUAAUUUAUUAAAAUCCCUGAUUUCAUCGCCCCCAACGCCUUGUGCAGAACUCGCCGGAAUUUGACUGACGGACUAUUAUCGGAGUUAUCAAUAAUCAGCGAAAGGGAAAAGAUAUUUAAGAUUGAAUUUUUUGUUUUUCAUUUUCAAAAGGGUUUCUUCUAUCAUCAAGAUGGGGAAGAAACGGAAAUCUCUGGCGACGAGCCUGGAUGAGGUGGAUCGGACGAUGUAUUCCUCUUUCUGCAGCGCCGCUAACUCUCUUUCCCAGCUUUAUACUCAAUCCAUGAAUCAACAGAAGCUCUCAUUCCAAGCAGGCGAACGCGAAGGGCUGGAUAAGUUAUAUCAGUGGAUAUUGAGGCUUCAGGAUGGAGGAUCAAGAGUAACCACAGUUGACAUACUGAAUCACCUUCAGGCAGAAUUAAGCUAUGGGGAGGAGCAAUCGGUGUCACCCAGGCCACCACCCCACACAAGCCCACAUUCACAGCCAAUGCAUGUCACAAACACGGCAUCUUCAGCUUCAACUGCUUUGCCAUCUGGUGCUGUACAGGGAGGAGUUCGAGCCGACCAUUAUUAUGAACAGCAAUCAAAGAAUAAUGUUUUCUCCAAUGCUCUGUCAAGUCCCAUUCGCCGAAGCCUUCAAAACUAUCACCUUGCUCGAGGAGACUGCUACUACUCAUCAAGCCAUGACCACCCUCCUGCAAAUGUAGUCAUCAUAAAGAAUGGUGAACCUAAUCUUCAACACCAAAAUAGGGACUCUAAUUAUAAUAACAGCAGUAAUAAUGGUUAUAACUCUAAUGAUACCUCCAUGGAUAUGCAUGCCGAAAGUCCAGUUCAUGAAGCUCCGUAUUGAAGAGUUCCUCAAGUAUAAUGCUGCUAUUUGUUCAUUCUCUUGGGAUGUGGGUGUUGUAGUUUAAGUUGAUUCAAUACAAUCUUUUGCAGGUUUGGGGUGGGGGGUGGUGGUGGAUGAUGAAUCUUUUUAAAGCAAUGUUUGUGAGUAUAACCCAACACAUUUUGCUCAUAUUUCGUGGCCACAUAUAAAAAUUGUUAAUGAAGAACAAUAAAACAAGAAGAAAAUCACCGGGUGAAGGAACAAAAAAGUUUCUUCUCACCUGAAAAAAACUUCUAAUUUUCUAAAAUUAAUCAAAUUUAAGUUGAUAACGCGUGUUUAAGAGAGAAUUACUAGUAAAGUCUUCUAGUUAAUUGUCUAGUUUGAUUUUUUCAGGUCAACUUGAACAAAUUUUAAGUUUCAGUUACUACUCUUAAUUUGUAUCGUAUAUUAGUACAAUAAAUUUUUUUUUGAAAG